UAACAUGCAACAUAAGCGUCGUCGUUGUCGUGUUUCAAAUCGCGCGCAGCAAAUAUUGUUAUCGUCGCCGUUUACAAACGCCGUAAGUGCAAAACGUUGCCAAUCGUUGUCGUCGCGGCAGCAACAGCAACAGCAAAAGUAAUAGUCGUCGCCAUCGUCGUCGUCAACAUAGCCGUCGUAUCGUCAGCAGCGUCAAUCGUUGUCGCCUUUGUGUGGCAACGUCCUAAUGUACAACAAGCGUACGUUCGUUGCUUAAAAAGUGCAAAAACCACUAGUUACUAACGUAAAGAGCUGCGCUAAAAGCUAAAGAGAGUGAAAAAAGCAAGUGUGGAAAUUAAAGAAAUCGCAAAAAAGCGUAAAUCAGCGGCAAAUUGUUCGUUAGUGAGCGUCUAUAAUUGCAGUGUAAACAGUCGGUAGCUACACACGGGCGCAUUUAAGCCCGCAGACCGUACACCGUAAAGUGGUAGUAGUAGCAGUCGCCGCAGCAGCGACAGCAAUAGCAAUAGCAACAACAGCAAAGUCAGACAAAGCGAACAGCGCGUGAUGCAUGCGUACGCUUUUGGGCCAAGUCAAGAGCAACGAGAUACAGUCAGACGUUUCGGCAUCUAGUUUCCGCAUGCAGUAAAAGCCGGUUAGACCGAGAAUUGAAGGUUAGCGAAAAUAAAAAUAAGAAAGUGCUUAAAAGAAACUAGCGAAUUUCAUGCGUGUUUCGUAAAAAAUAAAAGAGUGCCAUUAGAUAACCGAGCGAGUGCGGUGGUGAAGAAGUUCAUGUGUAAUAAAGCCAGACGCCGGUAAGCGUGAGUGCAGUGUUGAGCGCAGUCAUUUAAUGGGCCAACCAGUUUUAAUGUAAAGUCACAUAAAAAUAUUUUCCAGCUACGAGCCGGCAAUAAUAAAGUACGUAGAUUCAGUGCAAGCGCACAACUUGGAGCUUUUGAUUCAAAGCACACACACAUACACAGGCGCGACAUAUGGCUGUGUAUGGAAGCGCCUAUGUUUGCAAGAAAAUUCUUCUUACUGCCUGAAGCAGCAAAAGCAAACAGUCUCUAAUCGAGUUAAUAUCAACAGUGCCGGAGCCAGCAAGCACGUCAAUAGACUGAUAGCGGCGUAUGCAAAAAAAAACAGCAACAACAACAAACAAAAAGCAAACAACGUACACACGCACAAGCAGCUACUGCGAGGCAUAAAGAAAAAGUAAAUAAAAUAUAAGAAAUUUAAAAGUGCACAACAAAAACAAAAGUACUAAACAGUGUGCUGCCAACGUCUUGUGUGCGUAUGUGUGCGCCGGCAGGUGAUAUGCGGUGAUAAGCGCCGGUAGCAGUGACAGCAAGUGCAAGUAACAACAAGAAAGUGCGCUAGAGAAAACAUUGAAUCAAAUGUAUGGCAAAAACAAAAACAAAAACAAAUACAAAUAAUUACAAAAGAAAGGUGUGCAAGUCAAAUACAGAAGUUGCUCAACGCACACAGCUAGAAUAAAGUGCAGAUAUCUGUGUAAGCAAGUGUGUGUGUGCUUCUGAAAAAACUACGUAUAUAAUAACAAUAAAAAAUAAGAUAAAAACAAAUCCAAAAGAAAUGAAUUAAGGGACUACUUGCAUUGCAACCUAUUUUUGGAAAUAUUACCGCUGUUGGCCCGCAAAAAAAGUUAAAUUAAAAAAUCUCUUAAGUUAUCAAACAUGUUCUGCGAAUCAUUUAAAUUGCAGUGUAAAAAGAAUCAAAAUCAAAUUUUGCACAAUUUUUAAAAAUUUACCAUAAUUCGUCUUAAUUUUUAGAAAGUGCUCAACAGUGUAAAUAUUAACCGUUAUAAGCGAAAUUGUGGAGCAUGUGUCAACAAUAAAUUUUAAUACAAUUUCAUUCCGCUGUCUAGACGCCUACAUAUUAUACUUCGCUUCAUUUUCGCAUUAUUAAUGCAAACGCGCACUUAUGUAUGUGUGUGUAUGCGCGUGUUCGUUUGAGCGGCGCAAAUGUUUGAUUGGUGCUUUAUUAAUUUUAGCUGAAAUUUUAAUUAAAAACAAAACAUAAGAAAAAAAUCGUGAGCAAAAACGGCAACAAAAAUUAAAAGCGUCAAAAUUGAAAUGCGAAUAUCAAAAAUUAAAAUAGAAAUAGCAUAAAGAAAUGAAAUAAAAUUCAGUGGCCACAAACGCGAAACUCACAAACACACAUACCUACUUCAUAAAGGAGAAAUUAUGCGUCAGCUUUUGAAAUAAUUUAUUUAGAAUUUUUGCGGUUGGCAAUUAUUAGUUGGAUUUUUUUUCAACUCAACAACAACAACAGCGUGCACGCUUCGAAAUAGCUGAAGCGCAACCGUUGUCAACCAGAGUACAGUGAGUUCGUUAGAGAAGCGAAGAAUAAGUGUUAACAUAAAAAUAAAAAAUAGAAAAUAGCAGUAGUUGUUGUAAAAUUCAAUAAAGAAAUUAAUAUUAAAAUUAGCUUGUGUAAAAGUUGUGUGAGAAAAUUUUAUGAACUCAAAGUGCAUACAGUUUGCAAAAUAAUAAUAAAAUCGGCAAAAUUUUAUAAAUUCAAAAAUUAUUUUUCACAAAAGUGUAAAAAAUCUCAAUGAAAACGGAGUCGUUGGAUUUUCAUAGUAUGGAUCUCAAUAUGGAUAUACUACCGAGCGGGAAUAUAUUCAGCGAAUUGGAGCACGUCUGCACCACUGGCUACUUCUCAUCACAACCAUCUAUUGAGGAUCAAUGGCAACAGACUUGGUACGAAUUGGAACGAUAUCUUCGCGAUGAACCCAAGUUGCAGUCCUACAAGAAGAUUCAUGAACUCGACACAGCAUGGGAUCUGCUAUCGGCGCCGGCGCGCAUCUUCGAGGAACUCAAAAUCAAAGAACAAAACCUCGACUCAGUUUCCACAACGUCUUCAGUGUCCUCGACAUGCUCUGGCAUGUCAUGGGAUAGCAGCGGCACGCAGGCCCUGAGUUGUUCGGUGGUAGUCAAACAGGAGCGCAUCGAUGACGACGACGAUGAGCUGCACUCAGAUAGCUGCGAGGAGAAGUACACCGCUUCUGCGUUGGCCACUUCAUUGGGCAAUGCCGCCGCCACUUCGCUAGCGUACUCGCCGUGCGGCUCCGCAUCGAGCACGCCGACGCCGAUCGUUGGCACCAUCAAUUCGGCCCAAAUUGGCACGACUUUAUCGGGGGUGCCGGAGAAGGGUAUCAAAUUGCGUGUGAUCGCUACAAAGGCGCACAAUAAGGGCGUUAGCAGUCGUGCCAAUAGCAUUAAUGUGAGCAUCAGUAGUGGCCAUAACAGCAACAAUCAAAGCAGCAACAACAGCAACGGUGGCGGCAGCAGUAGUAGUAGUAGCCCGCAGGAUUAUAUGUUGCCGACCUUAACGCCGCCAUCGUCACCCGAAUCGAUACGAACCAGCAUCACAAACAAUACGCAGCAACAGCAACAGAGGCAGCAGCAACAAAUCGAUGCUGGUACUAUGAGUGCUACUGAACUGGCUACACUUAUACAACAGCAACAGCAGCAGCAACAGCAACAGCGCAUCGGUCAGUCGCAAUAUUCCGCUGCAACGCCAACUUCUACCGCCAUACUACGCUUCUCCAGCGCCGUUACGACACUGGUCAAUAGCAGUAAGAAUCCUACUCUGACGUCGACUACAGUUCCUCUAUUACAACAGCAACAGCAAAACCUGCAGCAGCAACAACAACAAAAGUCGCACAUAAGCAUACAAACUGCCAGCGCCGGCACAAACACCGAGCCGCAUCCGCCGUCAGCAGCCCAGUCACAGCCAUCAACAUUGUCUUCGUCGUCAGCCUCGUCUACGGUCCACUCCAACAUUCCGCGCAGCACCAUCGUUCGUCUGACAUCGGCGAAUGGCACAAAGAGUGGAGCCAUUAGUUUGGCGCGUGUCAUACAAAUGCAGAACAGCGGCAGCGGAAGUGUGGCAGCAGCGAUGUUGAAUGCGUCAGCCACAUCCAAACAGCAGCAACAACAAAUGCAACAACAUGUGAUGAAUAUGGCGGUGACAGCAGCGCAGAUCGCCCAGCGCGGCACACAGCUGCAAAAUCCCCAAGUAACCACAUUGACUACCAAGACCCACCAGCGACACGAUCACAGUCCAGAUGCCAAGCGUCGGAUACACAAGUGCCAAUUUUUGGGUUGCAAAAAAGUAUAUACCAAAAGCUCACAUCUCAAAGCACAUCAAAGAACGCAUACCGGCGAAAAACCGUACAAAUGCUCCUGGGAGGGGUGUGAAUGGCGCUUCGCACGCAGCGACGAGUUGACGCGUCAUUACCGCAAGCACACGGGCGCCAAACCUUUCAAAUGCCGCAACUGCGAUCGCUGCUUCUCGAGAUCGGACCACUUGGCGUUGCAUAUGAAGCGCCACAUGUAAAAACAAUUUACAACAAACAAAAAAUUAAGCAACAACUGAGUAAACAUGACGCAUGAAGUGAGCAAACUGAAAAUGCAUCGUCAAAAAACAGCAAAAGUGCAAAUGUAUUGAGACUAGCUGAGAAGCAGUACAUAUGUAGCAGAUUAACUAGUUUAAAGCAAAAAAGUAUAAAUCAUAAAAAAGCAUACACACUAAAAUUAGUCGUUGACAAGUAUAAGCAUUAAGCGAAAACACACAAAAUGAAAAAAAUAGAUCCUUAUAUAUUAUAAAAAUAAUAAAAAAAAAUAAUGAUAUUGUGCCAUCAACACGCAAAACAUGCAAAAUUAAACAGCUUAGAAAUUUAAAAUUAGUUUUAGAAGAAAACGCACACACACAACACACUGAGAAAUUCAGCUAACUAAAUUGCAUUUGAGUAAACGCGACGCGCAAGACACACAACUAAAUUUGUUACGUAAAUUAUGAAGAAUGUUAAUUUUUGUAACUCACUGUUAAGUUUAGGCUAAUUCUGGAACAAAUAGUAUUUCUCUUUUUGCUUAUGUCUGUUAGGAAGAAGCAACAUACAGAUUAGUGAGAAACCUUACGUUGACAUUGCAACGGCAAAAAAACGAAAUUCAGGUGUGCGACGCCAAUAAUGCUGCUUUAAUUCACGCAUACAAUUAAAUUUAGUGACAACACAAACAAACAAUUAAACAAAAUAAUACAAUUCUUUAAGAGCUUAAACAUAAUUUUCGCCUUUUAGUCGUAAUUGUAUUUCGUUUUCUUAUAAAAUAAUAAAUUUUUAUUUGAAAAAAAAUAUUUAAGUGCUUAAAAGCUCUACCGCGUGAAGCUCGAUGAAAGCUUUUGCGUAUUGAGUACACAGAACAAAUGAUGAAUUUUACCAAAGUAAAGCAAUUUUUUAUUAGUACUAUUAUUGCAAUUAUCAUUAAAAAUUAAACAUAAUUAUUGUAACUAAAAUUUAUCCUUACUUAGAUUUAUUGUCUUUGUUGCGCUUGGUUUAUAAGUUGAAAGCGCGAAGCAAAACAUAUUUAACUAUUAACUUGGUAUUAUAAAUUAGUGUAUUUAAUUAAAUAAAAUGUACUUUCUGCUAGGUCUUUCGCCGGGUAUUAUUAAAAGCUAACUGUAUAUAGAAGCGUAUCAUAGCGAGUGCAGGGCACGAUCUGCGCUAGUACUGUUCACUGUUUAUAUUUAGGAAAAUGUAAGAAUGCUUUGCACGCUGCUUUAGUUAAUAAGUGGGAAGGACAUGAGGAAAAUGGCAAGAGAAAUUAAAACUAUUUGUAUGCGAUGGUUUGGCGAUGAAAAGAUUUGAAAGUGUGUGCGAAUUCUGAGCAUAUACUUUUUUUAUAUUUUAAAAGUAUUAAGCUGAUAAGUUUUAAAGAUCUUAUGUUAUAAGGAAAAGUAUUUCAGAUAUUUCCUUGUUCACAAAAAUAUUUUAUUGAGACCACCAGUUGUUUUAUUAACUUAUUUCAAAAUAUAUUUAACUGAAAAACUUUCGUAGAACGUUCUUAAGCCAUAUUUGCGCAUACCGUGAAGUCAUGCAUCACAAAAGAUAACUUUAAACCACUUCAAGAUUUCAUGAAACGCAUAUUUAACUCUAAACCGUGAUAAGAAAAUCAAUAAAAUGAAAGCUACGUGCAAGUUCUCAAAAAUCGUAAAAUAAAAAUUGAAAAGGUUUUCAAUAAUGAGAUAUAAGGCACACAUAUCAAUAAGUGAAAGCUCAGCUUAGAUCAGUAAAUAUUUUGAAAAAAAGCUUUUAUACAGUUCAAAUGAACCUUCCCUUAUAAGAUUCAUGAGUCUUUGAAGAUGAAUUCUUUUCUCAGUACAUUUAGUGUGAAUACUAAUAAAAAUUAAAAAAAAAUUUACUUAAGUUUAAAAACUGCAUCCAACUUAGAAGCUCGCACACGCCUCCAAAGCUCUUCUUCGCCACUUUCGUGUAUGAUGUAUGUAUUAUCCCAAAGCGUAAGCUUAAGAUAUUUUGUAUAAUUUUUUGUGUGAGUAGCAAAAUCACUGCCAAAAAUUAAAAGAACCUACAUUUAACUGCAUUAAAAUAAUUAUAUAAGCUUAGUGUCGAUGUUUGAUGUUUGAAUGAUAAAAAAAGUAAAAAAAAAAAUAUACAUUAAAAAGUUCAAAUUGUCAUAGGCUGAGAUGCGUUAGAUAUAGAAAAUAACAAAAAAAAAAAAAACAAAAACAAGAAGAGAAAAACACAUUUUUAUAUUUAACUUUAGUUUAUAGAUAUUUUCUUUCGUCUACUUAUUUUAAUGUUCUUGUAACUACAACAACAAAAGUGCAAAUAUUGUUUAAAACAAAGUAAAGAAAAUGUAGCAAGUGAAUGAACGAAAAAUUCACAGCCACGUGAUUACUGUUUCAUAUACGUAACUGUUUAUUUUAGUUAGACUAAAUUCGAUUUAAAGAGACAUCUUCAAGAAAUGGCCUUUUCGUAUUAAAUACCUUAAGUUUCGUAAUGCUUACAACUCACUUUAAGUCUAAAAUAAUAAUUUGUUGUAUAAGAACUGUUGAAAAUUUCAAAACAUAAGUCGGGAAAACCAUAUGCCUUUAAAUACCUUCCGAAAAGUUAAGAAAACAAAGAGAGCAAUCGUUGAUAAUUCUGUAAUGCUUUCCGUGAAGAAAGCACUGAGGUACCACGAGACGCUUGCGAAAACCACGCAUGUCCUUAUGACAAAAUACCAAAAUGUUGCGCCACAUCUCUAGCAUCUCAAUUUCUUAUAAACGUUGCCUACUUUUGUGCGCAAGUGAUUUAAUUAUCAGUCUAUAAGCUUCAAAAAUGCUUUCUAAAGCUCUCGUGAUGUCUCGUAAUUCGUUUGCUUCAAAAAUUACACUUCCAGCACGGUCCGCGGAAAUUAAAUUUUAUGUGGCACUAUUUCAUAAGUAAACAAAGUGGCAUAAUCAUAUUGAAACUAAUAACACGAUCAGCGGUUUCCUUCUUUUUCGUCUACUCUCUUUAUAUAAAUGGAGAAAACACUGAUAUUAUUUUUUUGUUUCUGUUUUUCGCUAUUACCGAAUGGAUAUCAAGUGUGAAACUAUGCGAUAAUUGUAAAAUUUUAUAUCACAUUAUAGUAUUUUGUAACUCGUAGAUUUUACAUCAUAAAGUUUUUUGCUUGUAAUUAUUAAUUUCAUUUAAUUUUC